UUACUUAUAAUAUAAUAGAGUUUGGAAUUUUUCCUAUAAAAAUACUUCAAAUACAUCGUGUGUGCAACUUGUUUCGAUCUGUGGACCUGUUUUCUCACCAUUUUCAUCAGAAUUUCCUUCAGCAUGUCUUCCAUGUUGACUUCUCAAGGUCUAGUCUUGGCCACAGCCAUGGCUGUUUCCGCCGGAACUCUACUCCUCUUUGAUCUUUUCCGGGACAAGUCUUUCCCUCCGCCCACCUCCCCGAUUCCAGGGAAUCAAGUUUCAAAUCCUCACGAUGAUCAAAAGCAGGCCCUCAAAUCUUGCUUAUCCUCAGGCAGCAAGAAAAGGGAGAAGGAAGAGAAGAAUCAGAAGAAGAAGAGGGUUAAGUUUGCAGAUGAUGUGAAGGACACAAAGGGGAAUGGGGAAUUGUACAGAAGAGGCCGACACAGACAGCGUGCUGAAAUCCAGAGCAAUUGUUGCGGGAAUGAAGUUCUCGGGUGGCGGAAAAUGCCGGCGAAUCGUGCGGCGUUGUACAGUGGGAUUCUCAGGGAUCGUGUGCAGAGGAUGGGGUGUUCAUACUGAUUGGAUGAGUUUGAUUCUGAUCAUUGUUUUGAAAUGUGUUUGUACUCUUGUUUUUCAUCUUUGUAAAAUUUUGUAAAGGAGAAAGGGUUGUUGGAUUGCGUUGUAAAUACAACAAGUUUUAGCCGUAGAAUCUUCAAUUUGUGGCUUUUGGGUGUCUGAAUCUGAGACUCUGGAGAAACUUCUGGCCUCAAUUUUGUGCAGAAUGGAAGUUCAGGUCCGCCGAUGACACUAAGAACAUAUUGCAGAAAAGCCCCUCAAUUUUCAAGAAAUUGGAAAAUUGUCCCAUGCAUUAAUUAAAGUGGGUUCUCCCACAAUCAUCUUUGAUA